GUUUUAUGAAAGGUAAGGUCAUGACAAUAGUCUAUAAUAUUAUAAUUAUUAUUGAAAUUGAAUUAAUAAUAAUUGUAAGUUAGAACAAAUUUCAAGUGAUCAUGCUCAUGGUUUCAAAAUUUUAAUUUUUCCUCUGCAACAAUAUUACAAUCUGCAAUAGAUAACGUAUGCUUAAAAUUACAGGAAGUAAAAUCUGUUUUAUCCAAGUUUUUAUAGGUACUGUACUAUUUAUUAUUAAGGUAUUUUAUUUUUACCUUGAGAAGUUAUUUACUACUUUAAUAGAUGCUGAAUGCAAACUUGUCAAAGUUUGUAAGUGGACUUGGAAAAACAGUUUGCGAUAAGAGUAAUGGGUGGACGUUGGCCGUUCGUGCAGGUAGCAGCAGCUCCAAGCUGGCCAACAGCUUCAAAGUGGUGACAAAACGCGCCGACCCCCUGGAAGAGUUGAGCUCGGGAUCCGGCCGGCACCUGGCUGCAGUCAAUUCCAACUGGGAACUGCUCGAUCCCAAUGGAUACAGUUUCUUUUUGCCGGGCAGUAUCGGCCUCGCUUGGACUGAACCUAACCACAUCGAUGUGCUAAGUCAGUUUCUUGGAAUAGACAGUUUCAACCUGGAAUGCUCAGUCCAGGACUGUCCUAUCCUUCUCCGUCAAGGUGUGAUAGACAUCUUUCCGGGAGCAAAGCUGAACAAUGGAUCCUUGACUGUGAUGACACUAACACACAAUCUAGCAAAAACAAAUAAAAAUAGAAAGAUGUCCGAGCAGGAGUGGGAAAAAAUCACCAAAUUGUUUGUGAUGGUGGCGCAGGACAUUUGCAUGAAGCUGAAAAUGGCCAACUAUUGGGCGGACUUUAUCAACCCGUUCUCGGGUCUGCCCUACCUGAACGCCUACUAUAACCCCAAGGUGACCGACUCGGACAAGCAGCUCGCGUCAGCCGGCUUCUCAGUGCGCCACGCCAACAACUGUCGCGUAAUCGCCAAAUCGGCCAAACCGAGCACCAGCAAUGUUGUCGGUGUUAUCUAUACAUCUUCGCCUACUAACAGCCCGGUGGUCCAGGACGUUACUGCGUCUCAAAUGAUGUCUUUAAGAGAUUUCGAAAUUCGUUAGAAAGACUUGAUUAAGUGAAAUAGGUCUGUACUAUAUUGUGAGAUAUUAAGUUUAAACGUUAGAAAAAUUGUAUUGUUUCAAAAAGAGUCUUAGGAAACUUAAUCAGAGAACAUUAUAUUUGUUUGUUAACCGCCAGUAAAAAAUCAUAAAUGUCACAU